AUGACUGACGCCAAAAGUGCAUCGCCGGGAAAGAGUGUAAAGGAUGAGAAAGAGAAACGAACUUCCCGCGCAUGCUUGAAUUGCAGGAACAGGAAAAGCUCAUGCAAACUGCCCACCGUCGAUGGACAAGUCACCACCCCAUGCGAGAGGUGCAGAGCCUCAGGUCUUGAAUGCGUCAUUGGCUCUUCCAACAGAGGCGGACGCCGCGUGAGGAAAAGAACGCUUGAGCAGGCGAACCUUGCAGACAAUAGCGCUCCACCCCCAAGGCAAUCACCAGCUAUUGGAGCUGCCAGCGAACAGGCUCAACUCGCCCCUCAAAACCCUUCACCAACCCGCGCACGCUCCGGAUGGUCUCAUUCGGGAUAUGGAAGCUCCACACCAACAUCGGGGAAUAUCGCCUUCCAGGAUCUCCAGAAUCCGAGUGAUGCUCUGGGGAUUCUUGCGCAGAUUGCCAGUACUGGGGAACACGGCACUCGCUAUGGCAACUCGUACGGGCAGAGUAAUACCAAUGGUUCGUCACAAUUGGAGUAUUGCUUGGUGCGAGACGGCAGGUUGUCGCUGUCAAAGAUCAUCGAGCUUCUCAAACGAUAUAAAUACCACUACCAUCCGUACUUCCCGAUAGUGCCCGUUGCAACUCUAGACGCCGCCAAUCUGCCCAAGACUGCCCGUGAUGAACCACAUCUUCUAACUGCGGUGCUGGUCAUUGCAUCACGAGAUCUGACAGAUGAACCAAAUGUGUUCACCGCCUGCUCCGAGCACAUGCGAGCUCUGGUAUCGGCACUCGCGGCAGGCGGAUCAGGCCAAGUAGAGGCUGUCGAAGCGCUGCUCGUCUUGGCAGAAUGGACGCCGUACACCUCGAGAUCAGACGCUGGAAACGUGGGCCGAGGCGAAGAGGACCGCGAGGCGUGGAUGCAUGUGGGAAUGGCUUUGCGCAUCGGCUACUUCCUCGGCUUGGAUCGCUACUCCUUUCACAUACGCAGUGACGAGAUCAAAGAUCCCCAAUGGCAAAGAAAGCGACUUGUCUGGACAGCGUGCUACAUCAGCGAUCGACAAAUCAGUAUUCGUCUCGGCCGGGCAUUCUGGUCUCGCGGUCCAGGCCCACUCACUACUCUAUCAAAGGCAGAUUUUCCCAUGCUUGCGCCUGCGAGCCCGGGAGAGGAAGACUAUGCGAGCAUAUUCCACGCUACCUUGGAGUUGACGCUACUCUUCUCGAAUGUCCACGAUGUACUGUACUCGAAUCCUGGCAACAGCGUACGCAGCCAUCUCAGUGGCGGGUACAUCAAGUAUAUCGACGACUUCCGGAGUGCAAUCUAUGGCUGGAAAAGUGUCUGGGGCACCCUGACGUGCUCACCACAUCUCAAGGCCACGCUACUGAUCUCGUAUGACUACCUCCGGCUGUAUACCAAUGCAUUCGCUUUUCAUGCCACAGUAAAACGCGCUCUGCCGCAGAGUCAGCAGGGUCAGGAGAGGAGACGAUCUGCCAAUCCAGCACCAGGAAGGGUCUUUUAUAAUAAUGUCGGUGCGGUAGGCGAUGCACGAUUCAUCUAUGAAGGACUGGACGCUGCGAAGAGCCUGCUGAGUAUGAUGAAUACUUUUGUUGAUCCCGAAAAGUCUCUUCGCUUCAUGCCGUUGAGAUUCUACCUGUAUUCGAUUUACGCCGGAGUCUUUCUAUACCGAGCGCGCUGUGUCGGCGUCCUCGCCACAGAUGAGGAACAGUCUGUGCGUGUGAUGGUGAAGGAGACGGUCAGCAGGCUAGAAAGGUCGGCCAUAGGUAUGCAACAUCCCGGCAACCGAUAUUCCCAACUCCUGCGACUGCUAUGGGACAAGGUCGAGAAGAAGGAGCAUCGCAGGACACAAUCGACAGCAACUUUACAGAACCCAUAUCGGCCCAAUAGUGUUGGCGGCCCUACACCAAUGUCCAACAAGUCGCAAGACUCUCCGGCAGUGACCGAAACCAUGGGCGACUUUUCGUGGACCGACUUGGACGCUAUAGGCAAUUUCGCGGUCAAUGGCAACGGCGGCGCUGUCAUGAGUGACGCCGACUGGUGGUCAGGCUUUCUACCGGCAGACUCCAACAAUUUCCUCUUCGAUCAGCUCAGUAGCAUGGAUGACUGGAACAACCUGGGGCUGCAAUGAUGUUGUCGUCAAGCGUAUCAUCAGGGAGGCUACCUGUACGGCACAGGACGUCGACUGAAACAGUGAUAUUUGGUGGGGAAGAGGGGUUCCUGCGCGGUAUUUCACGGGUCGGCGUCGGCAUAUCUGGUGCUCAAGAUGCCGACCGGCUGUUCAUUCUAGCGGAGCGUCCCUCCCUCGCACCGGCAGCAUCAUCUGCUCAUUCGACCUUUUCUCGUACCUCUCCAACAAAUUAAUACCUCCUACUGUGAAAACUCUCGGAAUCAUGGCCACAGCACAGUCAGCUCUCCUCAUUGGGAAAAUUACUCAUGCCCGCAAAGAGUGGGAGGCACUUUCGUCAUUACUGCAACUCAAGGAAUACGAAUCUGGCACGCGCGAAGACUUCAUCUCACGCUGCAAGAAAGGCGAGUAUGACGAUGUGGUCGUCAUUUAUCGAUCAAAUGAUUCGACAGUUGUGACCGGCCCUUUCGACAAGGAGCUCAUCGAAGCACUACCCAAGAGCUUGAAGUACAUCACACAUAAUGGUGCUGGCUACGACAACAUUGACGUGCCAGCGGCCACGGACCGGAACAUUGAAAUCAGCAGCACCCCCAUAGCAGUAGACGAGGCCACUGCUGACGUCGCGCUUUUCCUUCUCCUCGGAGCAUUACGACGAAUCACGAUACCUUUCACCAACGUUCGGAAGGACGAAUGGCGAGGCAGCAACUUCACGCUCGGUCACGACCCCAAAAACAAAGUGCUCGGCAUCCUGGGGAUGGGAGGCAUUGGAUCGGCAGUAGCGAAAAGAGCAAAGGCAUUUGGCAUGACAAUCCAAUACCACAAUCGGAAUCGUCUAUCCGAGGAGAAAGAGCAAGGAGCCAAAUACGUCUCGUUCGACGAGCUUCUCCAGACAUCCGACGUAUUGAGCUUGAACCUCGCCUUGAACCCUUCCACACGGCACAUCAUCGCCCAGGCCGAAUUCGAGAAAAUGAAGCACGGCAUCGUCAUUGUCAACACCGCUCGUGGCCCCAUCAUCGACGAAGCUGCUCUCGUGGACGCGCUCCAAGCCGGCAAAGUUUACGCGGCGGGUCUGGAUGUGUUUGAGGAUGAACCGGCGAUCCAUCCGGGUUUGCUCGAUGAUGAGAGGGUGGUGUUGCUUCCUCAUAUUGGAACUGCCACGUGGGAGACGCAGAAAGAGAUGGAAGUGUUGGUGUUGGAGAAUUUGAAAGCUGCGGUCGAGGGAAAAGGGUUGAUUACUCAAAUACCAGAGCAGAAGAAGAAGAAGUGAAGCGAUCGAUCCUGGGUGUCUUUUUUCUUCUUUUCCUCAGUCUGCUAGGAAGCGCGGAUAGCAUUACGCUUUCUUUGUCAUAGAGUACUCUGUAGUAGAAUGCAUUAUGCUAGGUUACCUACGUUAGGUACUCACACUCACAAUUACUUAUUACC